CUGGUCAGUUGAUUGACAUUGGAGCAUGAGUGUAAACAGAGGUAUAAUCGUUGAUAGAGAGCUAUCGUCAAGGAAGCACAAAGGUGUAAAUUCGACGGAACUAGCAGAGAAGAUCGUUAGGGAGCGUGUAUUUGAUUCUCUCUAUUGGAAGUUGAACUGCUUCAAUGUCAAUGCUGCCACGAUACUGAACCGAUGUGUAGAGCUCCGAUGCGUUGGCUCAUUUGAACAGUCCGGAAGACCUUUCCCAUUCUUAUGCCUAUUUGUGAAGCUGAUCCAGAUGUUACCACCGAGUGAGAUUAUAGAGUUCUACUUACAGCAGCACGAGUUCAAAUACCUGAAAGUGCUGGCAUUGCUCUACGUAAGAAUAGUGGAGAGGGAUCAGGACACACUGAGACAGCACCUGAGUGACUAUAGAAAGAUUAUUCUCUUUGAGAACGGGGCGUGGUCAUUGACCACGGUGGAUGUCAUUGUGGACAGACUACUGACGGAGGACUUCUUCAUAGGGCUAACGCUGCCCUUCAUGGGCGCGAGUGAAUGACGACAACAUGUAAACAUGGCUCUUGAAUUUCAUGACAUUAGU